UUCUCUCUCCAUAUCAUUCGCUCAGCUGCUCUCCUUGUUGAGGGCGUCCCAAUCUGCUUCAGCAGUACAGAUCAGUCCAGCUUCUCUCUCUCUCUCAUAAGAGCAGCGCAUGCACGUACGCUCGCACACACACACACCCACCACGCAGAGAUACACACUCACAGACGCGCUCACACACACGCAGACAGGCACAGACAGGCACACCGAGCAGCCUAAUCCACCAGCUCCAAGACGCAGCCAGAGCCAGCUAAAAGACACAGCCCCGUAACAGCAGGCCAGCAUGGAUGCACUGAAGAAAGGAUUCUCCAUGGCCAAGGAGGGCGUCGUGGCGGCAGCGGAGAAGACCAAGGCAGGGGUGGAGGAGGCAGCUGCCAAAACCAAGGAGGGAGUCAUGUAUGUGGGUGAGUACAGGAGUGAUGAUGAUGGCGAAGGGUGUGGAGGAAAGACAGAGGUGGUUUGCUGAAAAUAGUACAUCACAGUUUUUAUGUGGGAUAAUCUGGUUCACAUUUUGAUCCUGUGAUGCUUGCCUGGUGUGCUUGUUUUUUGAUGGAUCAGUGUACUAGUCUGUCUGCGAGGUUUGAAUAAAAUGGGACAGACAACCAGGCACUGCAUGUGCUAAAUAUUACUAGUAAUGGAAACAUAGAUAGUGUAGCAAGAGGGAGGGAAUGUUGAACAAGAAAAGGAGAAAGAUGAUGAAGGACCGAAGGAGAGGGGCAAGAGAAGGGAGAAAUACUUUAACUUGGCUCUGCUGUGCCACCCAUCCACCUGCCUGUCUGCACGCUGCAGCAGUGAGAUUUAUCAUGGGCGUCUCACAGCGUGACUAAUGCAGCUAGCCCCAUGGUCAGAACCCCCGUCAGCCCAACACAACCCAGCACAGCACAGUUCACCUGAGCACUACUGACACAUACAGAACACCGAGACAUAGAGAGAACACUGACACAUUAGAACGCUGAAUCAUACACAGAUUCAUACAGAACACUGAGACGUUUAAUGCCAUGUGGUCCUGUUACAGCACUGACAACCUGGAGGAGACGGAGGAGAGGAAAUGGCAGAGAGUGAAGGAGAGAAAGAGGGAAAGGAUAAACGAGUGAAUGAAACAUUUGAGAGUCAUCUGAUUCCUGGUUUUAUUUCCGGUGGGUGAACGGAGGGGAGGAGAGAGAGAGAAUUAACAAGAGUGCAAGAGAAUGAGGUAACAAGACAAUGAAUGAAUGGGUGUUGCACUCUCAGAUUCCAAUAAUUACAGUUAGUGGGAUUCUCAUUAAUUGGUUGUCAAUAAGCAGAGACAGAGGAGGAGGCUGUAUCCAUCCUUAUCCAUUCAUCAAAAAUCAUCACCACCACAGGGGGUCCACCCCGUUCUUCUGAAGGACCUAGUGGAGCCAUUCGGCCACAGAGGGCAGGGCCCAUCACAUUUCACUGGUUUAUUGAUUUUCACAGCACUGUAAAGAGAUCAUUUGACCUCUAACGUUACUGCUCAGUCAGAUAUCUUAUCAUCAGCUUAAUUUUAGUCUCCUUUUUUAUCUUUGUCGUUCUCUCCCCUUCUGAAAGCGAAUGAGGCGCACUAAUCCCCCCCAUCCCUGUCAAAGUGUGAAUCCCUAUAUACCCAUCCAAAUACAUCACUGGAUUUACUGUGGCUGGGACAGUCAGAACUGCCUGUCUAUGAUCAAACAACAGUCAGUAUUGAGACAGUGGCUCUCCUUCACUGCCUGUAUCUCUUCUCAGUGAGUGAUCCUGACCGACAGAUAGCACUGAUAAGUGGACUGUGGGGUGGUGGUGGGAUGAAGGAGGUGGGGGUGGCAGGGCAGGGAUUGGAGUGGCGGCUAAAAGAGUGGCAGCAUUCUACACCGGAAAGGCAAGCAGAUAUACACACACAGACAGCCAUACACCCAUAGAGAGAGCCCAGUGCCCUACCAGGGGAGCUAGCUGCGGGGCUAAGAAAAAAGGGAGUGCCCUGAGACAGUGGUGUCGGAGCAGUGGAGCGUGCUGACACACAGCCAAGACCCACCAGGGCUCCAUCAAGCACUUUACUGUGUGAGUCAUCUACGGUAUGAGAGAGAAUGGAUUAUGAUUUUUUUAAAGGAGGAGAAUCAUCUCAAAUCCCCCCUGUCCCUGAUCUGCUGCCUCUGUUUAUCUACACAGCCUCUCACUGAGCGCUAAUCCCUAGUGUGUAUAUGUGUAUGUUUGUGCCCGAUGCUCAGCUGCUCCUGGGUGGGUGGCAGACAGUCACAAGGCCCAGUGCUACAGGAUGGUGAGCAGAGAGGAUGGAUGGAUGGAUAGAGGGAGGGAGGGAGGGAGGGAGGGAGGUAAAAGCUUUAUCCCAGAGUAUAGGCUGUCUCCCACAAUCACAGAAGAGAGGUCACAGAGUUACCUUCGUAUGUAUGCACACACAUAGUGUCUGGAUUGUGCCGCUGUCCAUUCAGCACCACAUUCAUUUAGCCACUUUGUUCUCUCUCCCUCUCUCUCUGGUCUCGCUUCCUCUUCUGUCUCUGACAUAAGUACCAUCUUAUCAUAGUAGGAUGUCAGGAAACUCUAGACUACGACGGUGUAAAUUAAUCAGAGAGAGAGAAACAGACCCCACAGAGCCCCAGGACAACAACACAAUUAGACCUCUGUAGCUCAACUGGUAGAGCACGGCGCUUGUAACGCCAAGGUAGUGGGUUCGAUCCCCGGGACCACCCAUACACAAAAAUGUAUGCACGCAUGACUGUAAGUCGCUUUGGAUAAAAGCGUCUGCUAAAUGGCACAUUAUUAUUAUUAUUAUUAUUAGACCCAACCAAAUCAUGAGAAAACAAAAAGAGAAUUACUUGACACAUUGGAAAGAAUUAACAAAAAAAACAGAGCAUGCUAGAACUAGAAUGCUAUUUGGCCCUAAACAGAGAGUACACAGUUUCAGAAUACCUGACCACUGUGACUGACCCAAACUUAAGGAAAGCUUUGACUAUGUACAGACUCAGUGAGCAUAGCGUUGCUAUUGAGAAAGGCCACCUUAGGCAGACCUGGCUCUCAAGAGAAGACAGGCUAUGGGCACACUGCCCACAAAAUGAGGUGGAAACUGAGCUGCACUUCCUAACCUCCUGCCAAAUGUAUGACCAUAUUAGAGACACAAAUUUCCCUCAGAUUACACAGAUCCACAAAGAAUUCGAAACAAACCCAAUUUUGAUAAACUCCCUUAUCUACUGGGUGAAAUACUACAGUGUGCCAUCACAGCAGCAAGUUUUGUGUCUUCUUGCCACAAGAAAAGGGCAAUCAGUGAAGAACAAACACCAUCGUAAAUACAAUCCAUGUUUAUGUUUAUUUAUUUGCACAUUGUUACAACACUGUAUAUAUACAUAAUAUGACAUUUGAAAUGUCUUUAUUCUUUUGAAACUUCUAAGUGUAAUGUUUACUGUUAAUAUUUAUUAUGUAUUUCACUUUUGUUUACUAUCUACUUAAAUUGCUUUGGCAAUGUUAACAUACGUUUCCCAUGCCAAUAAAGCCUUUAAAUUGAAAUUGAAUUGAAUUUAAAUUGAAUUGAGAGAGAGAUGCAAUGGAACCCACCUCAAAUGAACACCCUAAACAUGUAAUUGUUGUGCAGUGUUGCGUUCAUGUGAUACUAAAUAUAUCUCUCGUGACAGACUAAACAAUUAGCUUGCCAGCGUGCACGUGAAAUUUGGUUCUGGGAGCAGCGAUUACUACAUACAAAAUCAAAGAUGCUAUCACAUUCUUAUGAGACAAUGACGUCCUGUAUUUCAGUUGUUAUCUUUGCUUAUAAUCACGCUAGCAUUAUAUUUUGUGGCUGUGUAGUCAUGUAUUAUAGUAUCAGCAUCUACCAUCUCAGCUGCAGGGGAAGUAUUUGUAACCACAGAUUGCUAGAUUCCUCACAAAACUGACCAUGUUACAACAUUGAUGGUUGCUUGGUGAUAUUACCUCCUCUCUAUUGAUUACAGCAUUGACAGUACAAUAGCCUGGCUCCUGUGUCUGUCUGUGUUCUACAUAGGACAGUAGGACUUUAGCCCAUGGAAAUGUCCAUGUCCCCAGUACUAAAUUAGCCCAUUGUCGUGUAGGGUGUACAAUAACAAUGACACGCUUGACAAGAGAAAUGUGUUUGUGUGUGGGGACUGGGAGUGACUUUCAGACAUGUCUCCCGGCUCAAAGGGUCAGAAGGGGAAACAGAGCAACGGCUUGUUGUGUUGGUGAUUUGAGUGGGAGGAAGGGAGGGAGUGAGGGAAGGAGAGAGGGGGAGAGAGAGAAAUCCACUCCAAUGCUCCAUGCCAGUUGUAUUGAGGACGUUGAGUGGGUUUGGCUGGCCAGCAGGUCUCGACCCAUACAGUUCUUUGGCUGGAGGAAUGACUGACCUUUUCUUUCCUCAAGGAGUCUUUGUGAGGCAGAGAUGGGCUGAGCUCCAAAGGGCCCAGAGAGACUGGGAGAGAACAGAUAGUACUGGACCAGCUGAGCAGAACCCAUUGGUCUUAAAACAGACACCAAGGAUCUGGCCCUAUAAAAUAACCAUGAGAGAGGGAGACUGUUUCUAUGUGCCCAAUUCAUUAAGUAUUGAAGUGUUAGGGAAGCCUGGAGAUGUUGAUCUGGGUUAUACACUCCCCUACAUAUUUAUUUGGACAGUAAAGGUAAAACUUUUAAUUUAGCUCUGUACUCCAGCAUUUUGGAUAUGAGAUAUCAUUUUUCAUGAGUCGGCAGUACAGAAUGACACCUUUUAUUUGAGGGUAUUUUCAUACAUAUCUGUUUUAUCGUUUAGAAAUGAAAGCACUUUAUGUAUCUAGUCCCCUCCAUUUGAAGGUGUUUUAAGUAGUUGGCGGAUUCACUUAUAUUUGUAUUAAUUCCUAGCACGCAAUGAUUACAUCAAGCUUGUGACUCAACAAACUUGUUGGAUGCAUUUGCAGUUUGUUUUUAUGAAUAAUGUUUUGUUUAUAUGAAUAAUGAUGAGUAAGAAAAUUACAGAGGCAUAAAUAUCAUACGCCAAAAAAUGCUAACCUCCCCUGUUAUUGGUAAUGGUGAGAGGUUAGCAUGUCUUGGGGGUAUGAUCUUUGUGCCACUCAUCAUUAUUCAUGAUUCAGUCAUGAUUACCCAUAAUCAUGGUAGCAUCCACUUUAACGUAGAAGUGUUUAGAAACCUAUUCUAUUCUUAUUUACAAUAAAAGUUACUCCAAAAUGACACAAUACGUUAUUUACCAUUCAUUUCUAUUGGGCACAACAUAAUCUGAAACACAACCAAAACAAACAGCAAAUGCAUCCAACAAGUUUGCAGAGUCACAAGCUUGACGUAGUCAUUGGGUGCUAGGAAUAUGGGACCAAAUACUAAACAUUGUGUAUUGUAUGAAAUUACCCUCAAAUAAAAGGUGACAUUCUGUACUCUUGUCUCACAUGAAACAUCUAAAAUCCAAAAUGCUGGAGUAUAGAGCCAAAUUUAAAAUGUUAGCUUCACUAUCCAAAUAAAUUGGUAGGGGAGUGUACAGUAGAUUGUACAAAACUUGGUGUCCUUACUGAGCUAUUCCAUGUUGCCAUAUGAUUUUGAAGCUGCAUGCUAUGCAUUGAUAGUGGAAGGGGCGAGUUACCCCCAUCCAAUGUUAAGCGCUUUGAGUUUGAGAAAUGCUAUUUAAACAUAAAUCAUCUACCUCUUCUUAAGCAGGAUGUUUCUCUCUUUUACAGGGAACAAGACAAAGGACGGGAUGGUAGCAGGUGUGAACACAGGUAAGCGCAACACUACCCACUGAAAAUACACUGCAUUACAUUUCAUGACUAUACAGGGGUCAGACUCUGAGGUUUUUUCACAAACCAUAUUCUGAGGUGAAACAUUGGUCCAAAGACAAAGUACGACAACUCCCUGUCCCCUUUUCCCAGUGGCCCAGAGAACGACUGACCAGGCCAAUAUUGUCGGGGACGCAACGGUUUCCGGGGCCAAUGAGCUGUCUCAGCAAACAGUGGAGGGGUUGGAGAAUGUGGCGGUGAACUCUGGAUUGGUGAACCAGGUGAGUCACAUCUUGUCUUUUCAUAUUGUGAAGAUGACAAACUCCUUUCCUCUACAGGGAAUUGUGGGCUGGUCGCUUGGAGGUGGUUGAAUUAGAGCCAUAUACAGUUAUAACUAGGGUUGCAAAGCUACCGGUAAUUUACCAAUGUUACCGGAAACUUCGGUAAUUAACAGGUAAUCUAUGGUCAUGUAUGGUAACUUGGUAAUUUAUACUUGAAUAACUAAAUGUAUUCGUUUAUAGUAUUCUUUAUUUUAUUAUAUAUAUAUCUGUGUCCAUAUUGUCCAUGAGUUUCUAGGGGAUAGACCAUAGGGUUCAAGAGAAAAUAGCCUAAUGAAUGAAAAAAGCAUCUAAUCAACAAUGCCAUUAUUUUCAAUUAACUCUACAACUUUAUGUUGUAUUAUAACUUUUCCAACUAUUGUAUUUUUUCACAACUCUCACCAGUUUGGCCCCACAGCCUGGUCUCAUAGACUAGAUGUAACAUAGUAAACAUAAAUCCAGGGACUUUCAAAUUAGUAUGAUAUGUUACAUUUGGUAUGGUUUUAUAAGACAGAUGGUUACUUACGAAAUGCCCUGAAGUACCCAAAAAGGCCACUAGAUGUCAUCUGAUAAAAUUCAAUAUUCCUUGAAAGUUACCAAAUUCUGGUAGUUUAUUGGUAAACUUCAAAAGUUUCCAGUAUUAUACCCUCCCCUUUGCAACCCUGGUUAUAACAUACUUGAGAUCAGCCUUGGGAUUCCAGAAGAGGAGUCUUCAACAUGUCCUUCCUUCAGCAAUCUUAUCCUGGUCAAAAACACUAAUUUUUUCGAAGUCAACUUUAGCGUCAGUUAUAAGGAAUGCUGAGUAAAAGUAUCAAAGCUUACUGGGACCUUUCGUGUCUGUGAAUAUCUGUAUGUGAGUGUUGUUGGUAACUUGUAUUGUUUCUUCUCUUUCCACCCAUAACUGGGGUGUCUGGCAGGAACAGGGACAGGAAGAAGCCGUAGCUGUAAAGGCUGAGCAUGAGGUGGCUGGUUUUCGUUUGGAAGGGGUGUGUGGUGGAGUUUAGUAGAAUGAAUGAACGAAUGCACUGCAUGAUGCUUGCUGCCUUUAUUGCCUUCUUAUGAUUGAAGCACCAUGACUUUAUUUGCAGUAAUUAGCAGUCAACUUGGAUGCUGACUGGUAGACUACAGUAGUGCUUGGGUGCUGGUUGGUUUGAAGGGGGACACAUGGAUGUGCGACUGCUCAGCUCCAAAUUAGCAAAUACUUCCUCAAGCUGUGAAUGUAUGUUCACACUGGGGAGAAUUCCAACCCAAGUGAAGCAUGCGUAAAUGAAACGUAAUUCCUUUUUAUGCACUUUUCUCUCUAUGCGUAUUCUGACCUUGAACUUAAGAAUGAGAAUAGCAUGCUAUUGACCCGCUAUUUGUUUGGGAUGGAGAUCAAAUAAAUGAAGGUGUAGCUGCAGAUACACCAUAUUCUGACCUUGACUUAAUUCCCUAAUAAUUCCACCACCUUUACGCGCGAGGAAACCAUGAAUAAGGUCUAGCGAACCUACCGGUUCCAAGUGGAAAAAGCAUCUACUUUCUUUUUUUACGAUAGAAAUAACACCCUUCUACGUGCACUAUAAUUUACAACUUGAUAAGAGCUAUUGAUAAGAGCUAGGUAAAUGAGUAAUGUGUUUGGAUAAGGGAAUAGUAAAUACAAAUGACACUUGUCAUAUGGCAGCAAACUGAAGCAUAUCAACAUAUUAACUUUCCCACAGUAAAGUUUAAGAAAUGCUGUGCAAUUAUGCAGAAUUCAAAUUGUACGGCCUUCUACCUUGCAGGGAUGGGCACUCUCAAAUGUCUUAAUUAUCAUGUUAAAUAUUAGCCACUAUCAGUAUCGACCAUCAGUAGGCCUAAUAACCACACGUAUUCAACUGCCAAUUUACUGUUAGUUCCCUUCAGUUGGUAUAGACUACUUUAUCAUUCCAUUUAAUUACAUUGUUUCGUUUAACUUCAUUUGUUUCCCCUGUAAACGCCAUCAUGGCCGUGUGGUUGUUGCUGAGGAUCAUUAGUAACAGUUGAUAGUAUAAAAAAAGACAUGUAGGUUAGUUAAGUCGUUAUGGAGCGGCGCACAGACCAAGCCAUAGCAGUUUGAACCCGAUGCAUGGUGAAAUACUUGACCUUCAAAAAGAAAAGGAAAGCCGCACACUCUAGGAGCUCAGAUGCAAUAAUUUAAUAUCUUAAUAACCAACGUUUCGACAGACAAGCUGUCUUCAUCAGGGUAUAAAUACUUGACCUUGUCAUCAUCACACAGUUCCAUGGUUAGUGCAGGCAAUAGACGAGUGUAUAGCCUACUAUUCUACACUAUUCUCCCUGUUAGAAUUCUAUGUACACUAAUUUACCAACAUUACCAUGGGUUGAAGAACUGAAUGUGGACAUUUUCAGAAUGAAUCAAACCACAGUUUUCUUUCUUUCGUGUGUAAAGGCUCUCCAAACCUGUUUUUUAUGAUUCAUAAAUCAUUUCCUAAACCUAAAUAAUCUACAAAAUCAGAGUAUUCUUUUAUCUACCAAUUGGUGCUGAAACGGAGACGAAUAUGUAUAUACUUAGAUGGCUUUCUAGCAUUGAUAUCUAAUAUUCUGAACCCUUUCUCUCUAUAUAUUCUAGUGAGUGUCAAAAUAAUUCUAACUUAAAGGUACAUCAUAUUUAAAGGGAUGGCUUAAGAUGAAUGUACUGAAAACCCUACUGAAUGAAAACUCGAUGAGAAACUCUGUUGGCCAGCAAGUGAGAGGGUUUUUAGUGGUUGAAUUAAAUGUAUUCAGAGCGCGCAAGGUAGCCACUCAAGUCUGAAUAUCAAAUACUGAGAAGUGUGUAGGAAAGGAGUGCGUAGGAAAGGAGUACAUUUCCUAAAUCUGAAUCGGCCCCAUUGAGUUUUUUUUUUGCCAGAACACAAGCCCCCAAUCCCAAAUCAUACAAUGAAUUCAAAGGAAUACAGACCAUUGAAAAUAAAGUGUGCAUAUAAAUGAAAUAAUGCAACGAAUUUAAAGGUAGAGUAUAGAUACCUUUCAAAUAUUAAAUUGAUGAAGGUUAACUUAAAAGCUGCCCUCCAGUAUAGUGUUGUGGUCAUUUGUCAUGCGGUAAAGAUGGCUGUGUCCCCGCUAUAUUAACAUGCUUCUCCUGCCUCUGACCCAGCAGGUUGGGCUCUAUGGCUGCAGGACAGAUAGAGUGUACUCUGGGACAAGGUCUUUGUUUGUUAGCAGCAUAAUGAUAGCAUUACUUAAUUCCACUAAAUAUGUUAUUUGUUUUUGUUUGUGUGUGUGGGUGAACAUGCAGGCAUGCGUGGGUGUACGUGUAUGUAUGCCGGUGUGCGUGUGUGUGUGCACAUUUGUGUGCCAUUUCUUCUCUCAGGCUCUUUGUAAUAUAAAGCAAGAAGAUCCAUCUGUAAUUAAAUCCACAGCCCUAACAAUCUCUCCAUCGCUCCUCACCGCAGCAGGCAAUCAACCCGCUUCCUUUUUCAAUCUCCUUCUAUCUCUCCAUCUCUCUCUCCCGGCUCUAUUAUAUGAUCCUUUUCAAAGGCACUAAAAAGCCUUUUGUAGGAGAGAGUACAGUAGAGGUAAGGUCAAAGUAAACAACUGUAGACUGUCAGACCAUGAUAUGGCACAAUCAUCCUCAUUAUCACAAUUUCAGUCACUGUUAUAGUAUGUGGUAAGGACAUUAUUGUAGCAACUUCUUGCUAGAAUUAUUACCCACAAUUAUAAUCAUAAGAAUAAUUAUAUUGGUGAUAAUUAUUCCCACAGCAAUAAGGUUGAUCAUAUUAAUAUUUCUAUAACCAAAUCAAGGAAUCAUGAAUAAUCAUAAUCAAACUUGAUAAUCAAACUUCAGACCAUUCACCAAACUAAUAUCAUAAUUCCAUGCCGGGAGUCAUAAUUAUAAUUUCUAUCCUAAUACAGAUGAUUGCAGUGGUAAUUGUUGGGCAUUAAUCAAUUAAUGAGGAAACUAUCAAGGAUCUUUUCUCCUGAGUGCCUGAGCCCCUGAUAUCUCAAUUCAUUGUCUGCCAUUGAAGCCAUAACUACCCUACUAAAGAGUUACCUGUGCAUGUCGAUUAACCAGAACCGUGGUUUGAAUACACUAACAUCUACAUUUCUCUCAAGCUUAACCCUCCUCCAAGUCCAUUACUCACAUGCUCAGCUGGAGAUUGCGUCAGAGGAAGUUGUCAUCACCAUCCUCCUCUGUAGCAGCAACAGGCGGCUGCAGAAGUAGUAGUAGUAGUAGAGAUGGUAAUCUUUUCAUUCUCUUGCUAAUCCGCUUUCUUUGUUUGUGCCACACAGGGUGACUUCUCACAGGGAGCUGAGCAGGCCGGACAGGCAGGACAGUAGAAGAGUGUGUGUUUGUACUUCUAUAGAGGGGUGGGUUCUGUGUGUGCGUGCUUCCGUGUGUUUGUGUGCGUGUUGACAUAUACAGUGCAUUCGGAAAGUAUUCAGACCCCUUAGCUUUUUCCACAUUUUGUUACGUUACAGCCUUAUUCUAAAAUUGAUUAAAUUGUUUUUCCCCCCUCAUCAAUCUACACACAAUACCCCAUAAUGACAAAGCAAAAACUGAAAUAUCACAUUUACGUAAGUAUUCAGACCCUUUACUCAGUACAUUGUUGAAGCACCUUUGGCAGCGAUUACAGCCUGGAGUAUUCUUGGGUAUGACGCUACAAGCUUGGCACACCUGUAUUUGGGGAGUUUCUCCCAUUCUUCUCUGCAGAUCCUCUCAAGCUCUGUCAGGUUGGAUGGGGAGCGUCGCUGCACAGCUAUUUUCAGGUCUCUCGAUCGGGUUCAAGUCUGGGCUCUGGCUGGGCUACUCAGGGACAUUCAGAGACUUGUCCCAAAGCCACUCCUGUGUUGUCUUGGCUGUGUGCUUAGGGUCGUUGUCCUGUUGGAAGGUGAACCCUCGCCCUAGUCUGAGGUCCUGAGCGCUCUGGAGCAGGUUUUCAUCAAAGAUCGCUCUCCCUUCAAUGCUGCAGACAUUUUUUGGUACCCUUCCCCAGAUCUGUGCCUCGACACAAUCCUGUCUCGGAGCUCUACGGACAAUUCCUUCGACCUCAUGGCUUGGUUUUUGCUCUGAAAUGCACUGUCAACUGUGGGACCUUAUAUAGACAGGUGUGUGCCUUUCCAAAUCAUAUCCAAUUAAUUGAAUUUACCACAGGUGGACGCCAAUCAAUAGAAACAGGAUGCACCUGAGCUCAAUGUCUAGUCUCAUAGCAAAGGGUCUGAAUAACUAUGUAAAUAAGGUAUUUCUGUUUUUGUUUUUUUAAACAUUUGCAAAAAAUUAUAAAAACCUGUUUUCGCUUUGUCAUUAUGGGUUAUUGUGUGUAGAUUUAUGAAAAUAAUAUAAAAAUAAUCAAUUUUAGAAUAAGGCUGUAACGUAACAAAAUGUGGAAGUGUUUAUGUAUAGUCAGGGAGCAAGGUGGCAUCAUAGCGAUAUGUUCAUUUGAUGUGCUUGAAGGGGUCCUAAAAUUGCUGUGACAUUUGAUGUAGUGUCCGAAUAACAGCAGGCGAUCUACUAACAUGUAAAGGUAAAGAGUUUAACUUAAGGGCCAUGGCAAAAAGCCCUAGCACACAGACUCACACAGUCAUAAUGGCCAUACAGUGACAGGUAUGGGGCUAGAUGUGAGCUAGAGGAUUUGUUACACCAGGGUAUCAUUCAUCCAUAUCUUAAUGCAGGAACUACAUGCUCUCAUAAAUUGAAAGCACACCUUUUAAUUCAUGGGGACCGAAAAUGAGGGUGUCAUCCAAAGCUGCCAGAUAAUCCACUACUGUGCCAACACAGACAAGUUGGCUAGUCCGUUUUGAUGAAUACCAUCUGCAAUAGAAAUCUGUGACUUCUGCUUCUCUCACAAUAUUACAAUUUUUCUUUCCCUCUCCUCUCAAUCUCAGGAGAGUUGGUCCUGACCUCAGUGAUCAGCAGCGGCCUCCCUCGUCUGUUUUAGCUGCUGCUUGUCCUGCGUCUCCCAUCGCCACCUCAUGGGCCCUGGGGAACACUACCGCUCCCAGUGUCUCCUCUCUGAUGCUUUCUUUGUGUGACUCGAUGGAAACAAAAACAAAUGGGAAAAUCCUCCCCAGCCACAACAACCCUCACCAUACACACUCUACACAUUCCUACCCUAAUGCCUUUACUGUCCAUAUACCUCAUCCCCGACAUUUACCCACCUUACCACUGUGACCAUCCUCACCCCCCAUCCCCUGUGCCCAUCACUCAAGAUCACCUUACCACACAUACAGUACACACACGCAUACACACCACGACAUUGAGAAAGACUUUGCAGAACAAUAAUUUUCUUCCUCCCAUAGAGGUUCGGCAAUGUGAGACUUACUGGUAGUGUGCACGCUGUAAGCUAACGCAACACCUGUACUUAUACUGUAGAUGUACUUAUAUCAGUGUAUGCUUUGGUCAGGUUUGUUGAUUAAGAUGUGUUUGAAGCCUGUGUAUAUUUAACCCCUUGUGUCUUAAUGCCUGACAUCCCCUAUCCCUUAUUAUGACAGAUCAGGGUUCAGGGUCAGAGUGAAAGUGGAGAUCUGGGUUAACAGUAUGACAUAUUGUCUGUUUACUCCCCAUACUCACAUGACCCAUCACAUGACCCAGUCUCACACCUGCAACGGGGCUGCAGUACAUGCAGGGUACUAUGGGAACUAUGUAUCUGAUAAACAGAUACAGUCUGUGGUGUUUCCUGCUGUCUCUCCACCCAAACCUGGGUCUGCAAUUAUAGAGUUAUCAAAGAGAGAAAAGUUACAUCAGGAGUUUGCAAUGGCCUUUAUCUAUAAUUUGUUUGACUAGUUGCAAUGAAAGGCAAUAAAUAAGAUCUGUUGAGGCGUUUUUGUAUGUGAUCAGAUUAAAGAUAAAGUAUAAGGUUCCCACAGAUUCAGUAUUUAUUCCAUUCCAGCCAUUACAAUGAUCCUCCUAUACCGCCUCCCACCAGCCUCCUCUUCUUGAUAUCCCAUACAUAUGGUCUCCGAGGAAUCAAAUCUCUCCACCCCUUCAUCAUGCUUUCACUGUUCUGUCAUACAAGCCACACCUCCUGUCACUCAACAAUGUGCCCUGGCCCCUCCCCUGUCUGUCUGCUCUCGGUGGCUAAAACAGGUCUUUUAAACCAUUACAGUGUUUGGCGUUUGAAGCCAUCUGAAACGAGACUGCAUGUUGCCUUACUAACAUCCAGACACACAUUCAUUGGUACUAAAAACAUAACCGCACACAAAUAAAAAUUCACAUAUCACACACAUUUAUCCAAGAAUUAGAGUUGACACACUGGCACACACGUUCACACAGAAAUGCAAAUAUAUGUUGGCAUCAAAGCAGACUGUUUAUUUUAUAAACAGUACAACUGAACUGA